AGGUAGAUGUGACCACGGGGACAAUUCACUUCAUUUAAAGCCCGUGGGUGAGCCGAUCCGCUCAGAAAAGGCAACUUGCACCUAUUUCCCCUCACAGCUGAACAAAUGGACUUGUAUGGGAAGAUGGCUGCCACACAGGACAGUAAGUUUGGGCAGAAGGAGGGGUCGGACCAGAACUUUGACUACAUGUUCAAACUGCUGAUCAUCGGGAACAGCAGCGUGGGCAAGACCAGCUUCCUGUUCCGCUACGCCGACGACUCCUUCACCUCAGCCUUCGUCAGCACGGUGGGCAUCGACUUCAAGGUGAAGACCGUCUACAAGAACGAGAAGAGGAUCAAGCUGCAGAUCUGGGAUACAGCCGGGCAGGAGCGCUAUAGGACCAUCACAACCGCGUACUACCGCGGUGCCAUGGGCUUCAUCCUCAUGUACGACAUCACCAACGAGGAGUCCUUCGGGGCAGUCCAGGACUGGUCGACCCAGAUAAAGACGUACUCCUGGGACAAUGCGCAGGUGAUCCUGGCUGGGAACAAGUGUGACAUGGAGGAGGAGAGAGUGGUGUCUGCGGACACCGGCCGGCUCUUGGCCGAGCAGCUGGGGUUCGAGUUCUUCGAGACGAGUGCCAAGGACAACAUCAACGUCAAGCAGACCUUCGAGCGUCUGGUGGACAUCAUCUGCGACAAGAUGUCUGAGAGUUUAGAGACUGACCCCGCCGUCACCACGGGAACCCCAAACGCCAGACUAACCGACAACCCGCCCCCUCUACAGCAGCCCAACUGUGGUUGUUAGUGCCCCCCCUGCCCCCCCCCGUCUGCCCCAUACGCGUGCCAAUGCCAAUAUUCAAUUUCCUAGGUAUAGUCUUACAGAUUUUAAUUUAUUAUGAUAUUACUGCAUAUCUCACUUUCACAGAUAAGAUGCUCGGAGGUAUCGCCGCCCGGUUGGGUUUUCUGAGGGCCUCUUCUUCUCUUGUUUUACUGUAGCAUUGUGGGAUGGAAUGAGCCUUUGAGGACAUCCUGUACUUCGCCUGCCAGUCCGCACCGCAGCCUUGUUUUACCGCUUGUCACCGGGCAACGUUUUCGGCCGGUGUUCAUAGGUAGAGAGGAUUAGUGCAUGAGUUUUGCAUCCCUUUCCGUCAUCACGGGCGACGGCUGGAUAGUACAGGUGUGUGGUGAUUCCGUCCCCCUCAGGGGAAAAGCACGCGGGUAUUGGGCGUAAUGCGCAGCUCAAUAAAACGCCAAGGGGGGGACUUCCUGUUCCCCUUACAAUGCAUGGCCGCUCUCCUGUCCCACCGUACCCCCACCCCCACCGCCACCCCCGGUUCAAGUCAGCAAUUCAACAUGCUGUCAUCUGGCCAACACAAAUCAGGAUACAAGUACUACACCACCCACAAUGCUUUGGGGUAUGCCUUGAGCGAAAAGUCUAGGUUGAUUCAAUAAGUUCCUUGGGGCAAAAACCCAGGAUAUAAAAUUAUUUAUGAUUCAACCAUCCCCUGCUAUUCCAUUUACCCAUGAUGCACUUUGUCCUGGAUUUCUGGAAAUGGUGCUUGCACCAAGAGUUCUGGGAUGACAGAUGAAUUUUUAAAAAAUCUGUCAUAAGAAGCAAAAAGACCAUUUAAGGACAGACUGCAUUUGUGGCUUUAUUGAAUAGACCUCCUACAACAGCCAAUGGUCUUGUGGUAUGUUUAGUGAUCCACUGGUGGUACAUGCAUACUCCAGGCUCACAGUGAGUAGUUGUACAAGAGGCAUUGUGAAAUAAAUAAGAAUUCUAAAAUUAUUCAACACCAACAUCAACAUCAACAACUUUCCAGUUUCUGGAAAUUUUGCUACAAUUGGCAAUCAUGUCACUGGUGACGAUGUGGAUCAUACAUUGGAAGAUCAGAGAAUAGCAUUAAUGUUAUUGUCAGUUUAGUUUGUGCACGUUAAACUUAUUUUUGGAAACACGUGUAAUUCAUCUUGGAUUUGCGAGAAUGCCCAAUAGAAAAUAUUCUAAAUAUUGUAUAGAUAUGUUCUGACAAUGAGAUGGUUUGGAUGUGGCUGACUAGUUGGGUUCAACUCUUCUGUCCUGCUCUAUAUAUUGUGUGAGGAAUAUUUUCUGCAUACGUCCGUUUCCUUUCUUUUGUCUAGGUGUGCAUAUGUGAGUGUGUGUGUGUGUGUGUGUGUGUGUGAGAGAGAGAGAGAGAGAUAGUAUAUCCAUGUUAGUGAGUGAGCGUGUGUGUCCUGGUGCCACCAUAAUCCAUUGAACUCUAUGUUAAGAUAAACUACCUUUACAAAAUGUGUGGCCUUGCAGAAUUUCUCACGUUUGACUCUGACAUGUUUGAUUUGUGCUUGCCACAUAGAUUAGAACAUAGGGUGUGUGCAUGACUGUACAUAAUACAGAUGUGUGUGAGUGUGUGUGUGCAUUCGCAUUUUUUUUUUUUUUUUUGUUAUGUAACAGAAUCACUAUCAUUUAAUGCGAAAAACAAUACAGAACAGGUGGCUGGUGAUCCAGAUGAACACAAAAGCACAAGGAAAGGUCUCAGGCAACCAGAGGUGGACAAUCCAGGUUCGGAAAGUAAAAGUCCUCCCCAGUAUUUUGUUCCAACCACUUGGAUUUGCUCAUUUAAUUCUUAUGCCAGGAGGUAGAACUGAUCAGUGAAAUCAGCUGGCUGAGUUCAUCAGUAGAAUAGGGUGGCCUAUAGCGUUGUGGUUAAGGUGCAUGACUGGGACCUCCAAGGUCAGUGGUUUGAUGCCCAGUGUAGCCACAAUAAGAUCCACACAGCCGUUGGCACCUUGAGCAAGGCCCUUAACUCUGCAUUGCUCCAGGGGAGGAUUGUCUCCUGCUUAGUCUAAUCAACUGUACGUUGCUCUGGAUAAAAGCAUCUGCCAAAUGCCAAUAAUGUAAUGUAAUGUAAUGGAAGAAAAACAUGGCAGGAGUUUUACUUUCCGACCCCAGGACUUCACACCUCUGUCGGCAAAUAUCUUUGGAGAACGAUGGAAGCGUCAAUAUUUCAUCUCUCCAACAGAACAUCUACUCUAAAAGGGUUACCGUCCUCGUUAUAAAACUAAGAAAUGACCCGAUCUGCCAUGCUUUAAACGUAGCCCAUUAGCUGAUAGAUUAAAGGACUGCACCCCUCAUUUAACUGUGCGUGCCACUUUGGAAAUGCUAUACUCCUUCAUUAACUACUAUCCUUUCACACUUAUGUUAAUUCAGAUUCUGAACUAUUUAGUCAACUUUAAAAACGUAAGAUUCAAUAGUGCCAAAAAGUGUUUCACUUCAUUAAAAUUAAGGUGUUUUAGGCCUUUAGUCAGAAGACUGUGAGUAGAAGUGGGUGUCUUUACUGAAAUAUAGAAGCUGCAUGAAAUGGUGAGUGAUCAGUCUCUUCUGCUAUAUCUAGCUACCUAUCUAUCUAUUUCUAUAUCUAUCUUUAUAUCUAUCUUACUUGUUUGUGCGCUCUCAAAAGUUGUUUUGAGGUGCAAUGGGCCAAAAAGUGCAAUAUUUUAAGACCUAUUUCUUGUAUAUAAUCAUCUGUCCCUGUGUAUGCCUUUUGUUCCCGAGUGACUGUCGGCAGUCCGUCCCUGAGAACUGCAGUGUGCGUUCACCCCCGAAAAUACCAUAGUCUGAAAGAAGGAGUGAUUUUGUCUGCCCGUUCCGAGCAUUUGGAAGUGAGACUGCGUCAUUUUAAUACAUCGCAUGACAAAUAGGAAGAACCGGAUGAAUGAAUGAACAUUUCCCACUCAUUAUUGCUGUAUACCAGUCAUUCAAGUGGAAUAGCCAUAAUAUUUGACUAUAAGUAAGUCUGUGUACAUUAGUUGUCUGUUGCUCAGUGUCUUGUAUAAUAGGCUCGUGUUUAUGUCAGAAUGUAGUGGAAGGGCAAGUCUUGCUGAGGAUGGGCUCUAUGGUCCUUUAUGGUGAAACUGAAACUAACGUUUCAAAUGUCCAGUUGAUCUUCUUCAUUCAGAUUUUCUGUGCUAGUGACAAAAACUUAGCGAGCAGAUGGAUGUUUCUAUGCUGCGCACAGCCUCAGAAUUAAUAAUAAUAAUAAUAAUAAUAAUAACAAUAACAAUAACAAUAACAAUAACAAUAACAAUAAUAAUAAUAAUAAUAAUAACCUGUUCAGGGUGUAUUUCUGCCUGUAAAAUGGAUGGACAGGUGGGUGGAUGAAUAUUGUAUCUUAGCUGCAGGACAUUCCCCAUUGGAGUUAAUUCAGCAAAUAAAUUGAAUCCUUGAAUGAGUUUUAAUUAAUCAAUUAUUAAUUAAUCAAUUCUUACGUUUCGUUUAGCAUACAGCAUGUUGGGCCAAUCUUCCAUUGACAACAAACCAAACCAAGCAGUACGACAGCUCUGUCAGUGGAGUCAGCCAAUUUACGGCCAAAAAAUGUUGUUGACAUAGAGAGGGAACCUGGUGGUUAUACGCGACACGCAUACACAAACACACGCAUGCACACAUACUAAAUGAACACAUGAUUUAAAAAUAACGGUUUAACUGUUGUAAUUAUGAAAUAUACAAUAGAACUGUUAUUGGAACCUGCAUAAAUUGUAUUCUAUUUUCCAGUUGGACACUUACAGACUGAAUUAAAAAAACAUUCCACACAUUUUCACAUAGAAACUAGCGAGGAGCUCCACCAAUCACAGAUUGCACAAAAACAGAACAAUCCCAUCAGUGAUUGGUGGACAUAUAGGCAGAGUAUUGACAGAAAGUAUCCACCAAUCAUUAUUGGGAUUGUUUUGUUCCUUCUUUUCAAAGUAAUCUGUGAUUGGUGGAGCUCCUCUCCGGAUAGUGGGAAAAGGAGUAAAAACAUUCAUUCACAUCUGUUUGUAUCCAAAAUAAAAGAUAGUCAGGUGGUUUCUAUACGGAAAGCAAUGGUAGCAAAUCUCUAUUAUGCCUUAGUCAGUUAUUUUACUGCCAGGGACCACAGACCGUGCCGGGACAGUGAGAUUCAGAAUAUGUGUUACCAGUGCUUACUGACGAGAGCUAAACCAUAACAACAGUGCUAACCUUUAUUUACAACCUUUCCUAUUAGAUCAAUAAAUACUUGAUGUAGUGAAGUCGUGUUCGUGCCGGCGUAAGGCAGAAUUGGGGUAGUUUUCCUUGUGUUCUCUAAUGAUUCAUUCUAGUUUCACUGGCCUAAACUGUGCUAGUUUAACACUUCACGCAUUAAGCUGCUAACAACUUGUGUCUGGACCUUUCCUUGGUGUAAUAAAUACAUUUAAAUUAAUGCCAGCUUGCUUUACCAUAGACACCAGAGAUUAUUUCUUCUCUUAUUAGAAAAAUGCUCCGAUAGGCAUGUCUUUUUGCUUGGAGAAGACAUUUCAUUAUUUGAGAGAUAAGAAGAUAUGGCUGCACUGAAUAAAAUGAUAAACAAAAAAAGAGUGGAUUCAUUUCUAGUGCCUGUGCCUGUGACUGAAUCAACGUGAGGUGGUGUAUUUAAAAUCCAGGUAAUAAUUGCUAUUGAAACUUAACAACUGUACCACAAAUGUGUAUUUUUUUUCUUAUAUAUUCCUAUGGACCUAUACUAAUAAUAUAUCAUUGUACACUGGUUUAUUCUAUUUUCCUUGUACAAAUUAUUCUUGAGCUGGAUAUUUUGUUUGUAUGUGACUUAUGUACACCACAAGUGUUUUUGAGAUUAAAAUAAAUAUGUCAGUUGUAUUAAUGCACUGCUGUGGGAAUCUUGUGGUUCGGUCAGUGAUACUUUAGGAGCGCAGAACAUCCGGAAACGUGACAUCAGGAGUGCAGCAUUUCCUGUGUAUUUACCCUCAUGAUAGUCCCUCAAAGAGCUGUCUGCCAGCACACAGCUAUGGAAAUAUCAUGGAAAUGAGAAAAAGAUAAAAGAUUGAAAAUUCAUGUUUAUAUAUGCUAAAUAAAAAGAUGUCAUCUCUA